CGCCAUCUCACUCCUUCAUGCCAUCAUCGCCAUGGACUCUACAGGUAGCAAGACUCGUUAUGCCAGCGGAGCCGAGCGUCUCCGUGCUCAGUUGAAAGAUCCCAACUUCCUGACGGUGUCCCUGGGCGUGUUCGACGGUAUAUCGGGCCGAGUCGCUCUUGAGACAAACCCCCCCGCAUUAUACAUGUCCGGUGCUGCUACGGCGGCCAGUCGGUUAGGGCAGCCGGACUUGGGCAUUGCGACGCAGGAUAUGUUCAUCUCGACGCUAUUCACGCUGACCUCCAUCGCCGGAGACACUCCCGUCAUUGCAGACGCAGACACGGGGUUUGGCUCGGCACUCAACAUCGCGCGGACAGUACAGAUGUAUGAGCGAGCUGGGGCUGCCGCAUUUCAUAUCGAGGACCAGGUAAUGCCCAAGCGGUGUGGGCAUCUCGGAGGCAAAGAGGUCGUCUCGCGCGAAGAAUGGGCGCAGAGAAUCCGGGCGGCCGCAGCUGCCAGGUCCAGUCGGCCGUCGGCUCCCUUGAUCAUCGCCCGAACGGACUCGCUCCAAACACACGGCCUCGACGAAGCCAUCGAACGGAUCAAGAUCGCCCGGGCCUCCGGCGCGGACAUCGGAUUCGUCGAGGCGCCAUUGUCCCGAGAAGACGCUGUGAAGGUCACGCGGGAGCUGGGCCCCUUGCUGCCGAUGGUGUUGAACCUGCCGACCAACGGGGCCACGCCCAAUUUCACCAACAAGGAAGCCCUCGAGAUGGGCUUCAAGAUCACAUGGCAUCCUCUGGCCGGGGCCGUGUCGGCGGUCCACGCACUGCGGAAGGCGUACGGCGCCGUUAUCACCCAGGGCACCGACGUCGAGACGGCGCAGGGAAUGGGUCCAAGGGAGUUCUUCCAAGUGAUGGGCCUGGACGGUGCGAUUGCCUUUGAGAAGGAGAUAUCGGGAGGUAGAUUAUAUCAAAAGACUUGAAAUAUGGGUAGGAUAAACGUUAAUUUUUUUUAAUAUCUGAUGUCGCGAAGAGAGAACCCAAAUGCCC